AUGUCCAUUGUUCGUUGGAGAAUCGUUAUGGACAAGACAACGAGGGAAUCGACGAAGGUUGAUCCCAUUAGCAACACUGAAUACAAGAUAAUGGAUGGACAUAAACAGUUCAUAGUGAAGCUAGAAUUGGGUUCUUCCAGUUUUCGAGUAUGGGAUUUUGAGGAAAUUCCAUGUGCACAUGCACUUUUUGUUCUUCGAAUGCUUAAUUUAGAUACCUGUUCUUAUGUAGCUGACUUUUAUUAUAGAAGAACAUUGUCAGCAACAUACAAGUGUUGUGCUAGACCUGUUGAAGUUCAUUUGGAUUGGAGAGCUAAAGAUGAUGUCAUGAAAGUGUUACCUUCUAUUGUUAAACGUCAAGUUGGAAGACCUGAAAAACAAAGAAUUCCAUAUGUAGUAUCUUCACUUUUCAAUAGAACUGAAGAAGUACAAAAAUUAUCUAUUGAUAUCAGGCAGGUGAUAGACACAAAAACUAGUUGUGAUAGGCACAGAUAG